AUUUCGAAAUCGUGACAUCGUGACUCUUGGACGUAGUUUGAACAGGGACAGAGAACAAACCGGCUUCAACCCGGUAUUUGGAAAAAUAUUUACUUCGUUUACACUCCUUUUUAUGGCACUGAAAAGGAUCUUCUUCGUUAGAACUUUACCGACAUGUCCGAACAAUCUCCCUUCGGGGAACGCGGCGAUCUGAGGCCUCGUCAAGGUUCAUUUUCAUGGAAGAAAAAUGGAAAAAAAAGUUGGAAAGAUCUACAAGCUGCCGUCAAACAAACGAAGUCUGUCCAACAAAGUCUCGUGAACCGAGUGCCUCAUUCAUUCACGUUCUGCGAGAACAAGCUCUAUUUUCUGGCUGUUCCGUUUGGAAGUCGCGAGAACACAAUUCACUACGUUGAUCUACCCGGGCCAAACAGAUCUUCCAUCGAGGAACCUAUACAAGAUGAAUUAAAUUCGCCUCUCUCGUGGAAACCUCUGUUAGACUCGUUUAAAAUCAGUCGUUCUUUUUCGGGAUAUUCGAGGGAAGAGCAGUUGUUGCGAGAGAGGAAACGGCUAGGGGCUUUUGGAAUCACCGCUUAUGACUUCGAUGAGACUUGUCGGCGCUUCAUGUUUUCCGCCUCCAGUAGUUUGUACACUUGCACAGAUUGGCGAGUUGAUGAAGAGGAUGAAAAUAGGCAGCCAAUAAUUCCAGAGGAGCUGAAUUCUCAGACUUCAGAGACAAAGAUGGAUGCCAAAUUAUGCCCCUGUGAUCCCAACUUAGUGGCUUUUAUUCAUCGUAAUGACAUUUGGAUUAAUAGUAUUGUCACAGAGGAAGAAAGAAGGUUGACUUAUACUAAUCAAGGCACACCAAGUCCAAUGGAGGAACCUGUUUCUGCUGGUGUGGCAUCAUUUAUUGUACAGGAAGAAUUUGAUAGAUACACUGGCUACUGGUGGCAACCAAAAUUUAGCACUGAUGAAAGUCUGACCAGGACUUACAGAAUUUUAUUUGAAGAGGUGGAUGAGAGCUCUGUAGAAAUACUCCAUAUUGUCUCUGGUCCAGACAGUAUGGCACGUAACAGUCAUGUAGAUAGCUACCGGUAUCCUAAAGCAGGUUCUGCUAAUGCCAAAUCCAAACUUAAAAUUGUAGAGUUUAGUAUUGAUACAAGUGGCAAGAUCUGUGAUCAUGUGAUUGAAUAUCAAAUGAGAGUGCCCCUCUCAGAAGCAUUUCCAUUUAUGGAAUAUCUUGUAAGGUGUGGCUGGCUGCCAGAUGGUGAAAGUGUAUAUGCUGAAAUCCUUGAUAGAAAUCAGCAGCAUCUUGCUAUGGUUCAAAUUCCUGUGGCGUUCUUUGUUCCUAUUAAUCUUCCUGCCAAUCAACUAUUGACAAUCACAGAAGGCAGUCCAAUGAUUGAGGUGUUAGCUGAAGAAUCUAAUGAUAUAUGGAUAAAUGUGGCUGAUUUAACUCAUUUUCUGCGAAUGAGUGACUCAAGACUGCAGUUUAUCUGGUCCAGUGAAAUAUCUGGAUACCGGCAUCUUUACUUGGCCACUGCUAACAGUAAUCACACACUCACCCGUGCUAGAGCAGGGAGCUUUAUUGCUGAAUGCUGUAUUCAUUACCCACUUGUGACACAACGACAGUUAACUGAUGGAGAUUGGGAAGUGGAUGGUAAAGAGAUCUGGGUGGAUGAAAAUCGCAAACUCAUUUACUUCAUGGGAACCAAAGACACACCUAUAGAGCAGCAUCUAUAUGUAGUGUCCUAUGUCGAGUCUGACUACAGUGAGCCCCAGAGACUAACACAGUCUGGCUACUCUCAUGCGGUCAGUCUGAACGAGAGUUUUACAAAGUUUGUAACUGUGUUUUCAUCCAUAAAAGAAACUCAAGCAGUAAUGGUGUAUCAACUGAACCAUGAUGAAGUAGAAAUGAACAAUAUUCCUCUUAUCACAGUUGAACCAGUUGCUGAGUUGUUACGAUCAAGUGUGAUUCCAGAUUAUCAGCCACCAGAACUUUUUUCAUAUGAGAGUAAGCAUGGCCAUCAAGUGUAUGGAAUGAUGUUCAAACCUCCUAUUAUUGAACCUGGAGUCAAAUAUCCAACUGUUCUGUUCUUAUAUGGAGGGCCUCAUGUUCAGCUGGUGACGAAUGCUCACAAGGGUUACCGCUUUCUUCGCCUUCACACCAUAGCUAAACUGGGUUAUGUUGUGGUGGUCAUGGACUGCAGAGGUUCUGCACACAGAGGCCUGCAGUUUGAAGGUCACAUUAAGAAUCGCCUGGGCCAAGUUGAAAUUGAAGACCAAGUUGAGGGAUUAGAAUAUGUUGCCAAGGCUACUGGCUUCGUUGACUUGUCUAGAAUUGCAAUCCACGGCUGGUCCUAUGGAGGGUACUUGUCCUUGCUUGGUUUGGUGCAGCGUCCGGAAAUAUUUAAGGUUGCUAUUGUUGGUGCUCCUGUGACUACAUGGUCAGCUUAUGACACUGGUUACACAGAGCGCUACAUGAGCACACCAGCAGAGAAUCCCUUGGGAUACAAAAUGAGUUCUGUGUUAAAUUAUGCAAACAGAUUCCCAGAUGAAGAGAACAGACUUCUUCUUGUCCACGGCUUAAUUGAUGAGAAUGUUCACUUCUACCACUCAAGUCUUCUCAUUAGUGAGCUGAUCAAGGCCUGCAAGCCAUAUCAGCUGCUGAUCUAUCCAAAUGAAAGACAUGGCAUUCGCCAGUCAGUUUCAUCUGAACACUAUGAGACCAUGCUGCUCUCAUUUUUACAAAAAAAUUUGUAACAAACAGGCGGUAACCAUUUUGGCUUUUACAAAAGUAUGUUAGUCUAUUGCAUCUGUUUUUUAAUGAGGCUUGUACAUGUAGGUUUAGUCCUGGUGCAUCAGACCAAUGUUUGGGUACAUGUAAAUUUUAAGCAAAACCAUCUGCAUGAUGUUCUUUAUCAGCUUAUCUGUAUGUAAAGAAAACAAAGCUGGCUUACAAAGCUGCCAAACAGCUUAAAAUUUGGUUUUCUGUGGCAAAAAGAAACAUCUUGAAGCCUCCUGUUGUACCUGCAACUGCGUGUAGUACUGACUCAGGCUAUGGCAUUUUUUUAUUAACUGUUCAUCAAACCCUAACCUGGCAUGAAAAUUAUAUUUCCUUCUGACUGAGCUGGGUGUCAUAAUGUACAAUGUACCGUUCAUCUUUUUACGUUUUUGUUUUAUUUUGAGCUGAAAGCUUGAAAUGGUUUUAUACUACAUGGCUAUUAUCUCAGUUAUUAAAUUAUUAACUUAUUUCUGUAGAAAGUGCAGUAAACAUAAAAUUACAGAUUAGUGAAGCAUAAUGUAUAAUUAGCACUGUUAUAAACAUUUUCCUGUAACUGGGGCUGGGGAGCAAUUAAUAAGCAGACUGUAACUUGCGCUAAUCCCCUUUCCAACUCUAACUAUUAAAACAGCUGUGUUGUAUAGACAUUCUAGCUGUUCCUUCCUGUGAACAAACUUAUGUACAUGACAAGGAUUGCAGUAUUCUCCAAGUUUAUGCUGUAGUCAUGUCUUAUACCAAGUACCAAAGACCUGAGGAAGUUAGGAAAUCCUGUGACCUGUGUUUUACACUUAUUAUAAGAAGUCUACCAGAUCAUUACAAGUGUUCUUUCAAACUACAACAUGCUAUUUCUUUUUAUCUGAAAUCAGCAGCCAUUGAUGGUCUGUUGGACAAUUGUGUCUUCUUUUUAAGGUAAAGGUAUUCAGUUAGCAAAAAAAAUUACAACUGUACUUGGGAAAGGCCAGUACAUUGUUGAUGCAACCUUGAUACAGGGGUCUCAGUCCUUUAUCUCCCUUGUUGUCCAACAACAAAGAAGGGUAUGACUUGUAUGACUGGUACAACUUGGUUGUUGAUGAUCCUGAAUUUUGAUAAUUAUAUGCCUAGGUGAUAUUGCAUGGGAUGUAGCCUCACUGUGUUCACAAUGAAUGGAACUCAACUGUAGCACAGAGUUGCAUUGAGGCCACUUCCAAACCUAUACCCUAUUUACAUCAACAUAGCAUGAUUGUUUUGGGAAACUGUGGUUAGGAAACAUAAUAUAAAUGUAAUUGGCAGGAGAGCAAACACGUGUGUCUUACAAUGUAUCUUACAGAAUUAAAAAAUCUAUCACUUGCUGUUUCACCAUGCAUAAUAAUUAUUAAUGUAAACUCUCGAGAGUUUGGUCAAUAAUGAAUGAAAAAAAACAUUAAUUUUAUCUUAUUUAAUAUCUGCCAUGAGUGUAAUCAGGUAUUAGAAUUUAGUCAGUAAGGUUGAAAAUUUGUUUACAACUAUACUGGAAAUUGUUCUAAGAAACUUUUCUAUAAUAAUUAUUGAUAAAGAUGAUCAUUAUUAUUUAAGUGGUGUAGAGAAUAAGAUGCUAUUGAGACAGCCAACCGUUUAACAGGUGAAAAGAGAAGUUAUUUAUUAACCAGCCUAUCAAUCAUAUAUGAUAGAAAAUUUUAAGUUUUUCCUUCAGGGUUCAACGCUUGUUACACAGCCUUGUCUGCAGAGGUCUUGAUUUCAGACAGCACCAAGUUCACAAACUCCUGCAAGACUCAAAUUUUGAGUCUGCACAGACUACACAUUUUAGUUGAUUUUUUGUUUACCAGUGAUCACCAGCCAAUCAGAUUUUUGAAGUGUUGUUUCUUAAUUGCCAGUAGCUGCAAUCUUGGUGCUGAAUGAAGAGAUCUGCACAUGGGGUUCAAUUACAUAUAAUGAUGUUUGUAGUUUCCCUUGUUUUAAGGACGUUCGUGCCAAAAUUUUCCAACAUUUUUUUUUUUUUUCUGAGACUUUUACCAGUGUAAGAUGAUGAGUUAGUUAUGUUAGAAACGUGAAAAAGUGGGGGUUCACUGACUUCGUUUUGGAGAGAACAAUUGCCCGGAAGAACACCCUAAA